AUGUCGGAAGCGUCCGAACGUGACGAAGCUUUGAUGUACGAAGUCAACUUUGGUACUCGAUGUUCCACUUUUGCGCUAAAAUCGAAGGUAUUCGCGGAGGGCUGGGCAGACUUUGGUGCCCGCGCUCGCUCCAAUCCCCGUGCGGCAGCGAUCGAGGAUGACUGGUUAUGCAGCCUCCAGAUCCUCAGACUACUUUUUAUCCCAAACUGGUUUUGA